AUGUCACAAUUAGAUCAACAGGCCAUAUUGAAUGCUUUUCAACAAACAACUCAGUCGAAUGCUGUUUUAAUCAAACAGGCGGAAAAGCAAUUACAUGAACUAGAAAAAAUCCCUGGUUUUUGCUUGUUCUUAUUGCAAAGUAUUAGUGACGAUUCGCUUUCAUUGAAUAUUAGAAUGUCCAGUGCGAUUUAUUUGAAAAACAAAAUUCUAAAAACUUGGAAUGAUAAAUUGGUUUUCAUAAAGAAAGAUCACAUAAUCCAAGAGGAUGAAAAAUCACAAAUUAAAUCCAAUCUAAUUAGAGUUUUAAUUACUCAGUGUAACAACAGUCACUUAAGACCUCAUUUGACUGAAUCCAUUAGAAGCAUUUUAAUUGCCGAGCAAGGUAAAUGGGAUUUAACCGAGACAACCUUUGAACUAUUGAGUGGCAACAAUCAAGAUUUAGUGUACACCGGACUAUUAGUUAUGUUUGAAUUUUGUAAAUUCAACAAAUGGAAUGUUGGCACAGAAAGAGUUUUGCUUGACAAAUUUAUCGACAAAAAUUUCCCGCUUUUGGAAAGUUUUGCUCAACAGUUGGUUAAUAACGCCGAUUCUGACAUGGACUAUCAUUCUGGUGAAUUGUUGUAUUUAAUUUUAAAAUGUUUCAAAUAUGGUUGUUUGGUGAAUUAUCCGACCUAUUUUGCACAAGAAGAGGGCGCUUUUGACAGAUGGAUCCAGUUACAUUUGGUUUUAUGCAAAAUACCAUUGCCUCAACAAGUGCUAGCUUUAGAUUCUAUGGAUAGGUCAUUAGAUAAAAGAUGUAAAGUUAACAAAUGGACAUUUGGCAAUUUGAAUAGAAUGCUACAAAGAUACCAUAGAUCAACUAAAGUGAUUACCGAAAAUUUUGUUCAACAUGUUUUAACUAACAUUGUCCCCCAUAUUUUGAAUGAGUAUUUUCAAAUUAUCGAGAUGUGGGGCUCAAAUAAAUUAUGGUUAAGUGAAGGCUCUUUAUACCAUAUGAUUGAGUUUAUUACCAAGACUGUUACCAUUAAUGAGCUAUGGGCUUUGAUUCAGCCUCAUUUAGAAGCUAUUUUGACACAUGUAGUUGUUCCAAGUAUGUCUAGCACAGAUGAGAGUGUUGCCCUGUAUGAGGAGGAUCCUGAGGAGUAUAUUAGAAGAUAUUUUGAUCAAAAUAGGGAAGGUUCUACACCAGAUGUUGCCGCAUCUAAUUUGGUCUUUGCCAUUUGUAUUAAAAGGUUUGACGAGAUUGGCUUGGUAUUAACUGUUUUACAAAACAUUUUUACCAAUUUUAAUGUUACUGAAAAAUACAGUGUUUAUAAAGAGGAAGCUGGGCUAAAGAUCUUAGGUAUUGCUGCUGCUUUUCUAUACAACUUUGAAAGAUGUAAAAUUCUAACACCACAAGAUUUUGAGGGUAUUUACGAAAACUGUGUUUUACCAAUCUUAAAGCUCAAUGGGCAAUGUCCAUUUUUAUGUGCACGUGCUUUAGAGACAUUGGCUGCAACUGAAUAUGAGUUUCAAAACAUGGGUUUAUUAAGUCAAAUAUUUCAAGAGGUUUAUUUGAGAUUUAUGGGUGAUGACGGCACCAAUACCAUUGAUAAUUAUGAUGAUAGCAAGUUACCUAUUGAGAUUGAAGCGGCUGAUGCAUUAAGUACGUUAGUUAUUUGUAAUCCGUCUAUUAAACAACAUAUUGGCUCGCAAGUUCCAUCUAUGGUUGAAAAGUUGCUUAAGUUAUCCAAAAUUUUUGAAAUUGAUUUAUUAAGUGAAGUUAUUGAGGUAUUUGUUGAAAGAUUUUCUGAUGAGUUGUCACCAUUUGCCCAGGAUUUAGCUAGUAAUUUGGCACAGCAAUACAUCAAAGUGGCAACGGAUAUGAUCAAUAACAGCAACAAUGGUGCAACAGAUAUAUCUGUGUUUGGUAGUGGCAAGGGUGGUGAUGGCGACAAUGACCAAGAAUUGCAGGCUUCUGCUUUAUUAACCACAAUGACUACCAUGGUUAUGUCGAUGGGUAAAGUGUCAUUGAUUAGUGUAUUCAAACCAGUUGUGAAAUUUGUUAUAUUGAAUGCACAAAUUGAAUUUUUAAGUGAAACAAUGGAUCUAUUUGAUAGCUUGAUGCUUAGCAGCAAAGCUUUAUAUGGUGGGUUUAAUGACGAUAUUUGGGAGCUAUAUUGCGAUAUAAUCGAUUCUUUUCAAACUUACGGUUUGGAUUACUUUGAUAAUUAUGAAGAUGUUUUGGAAACUGUUGCUACUUAUGGAUUUCAGCAACAAGAUGGUUCUAACACUAGUGUUAAGCCCGAAUAUAUUCAAGCUUUUUUGCAGGUUAUUAACCAAGUGUAUGAUUUGUUAGAUAGUGAAUUUUUCAUUGAGAGUUGUUUUGGAAUCAUGUGUUUUUAUGCGUUGAGCAAUAAGGAUAUUACAUUGUUGGACAAAACUAUACAAGUUUUCUUUACAAUCAAAAACAAAGUUAGUGAAGAUAUGAAGAAAUCAGAGGCUAAUGAUGAAAAUGAUGAUGAUCUAUACAGUUCUUCUUUUGAUUUAGAUAAUGAGCCAUUUACCAAAUAUGUUUUAGCAUGUUUGGUAGUGAAACCGAUCGAAACAGUUCAAACCUUAGAACAAACAAAUUCGUUACUACCAUUUGUGCAGACCUGGUUGGAUUGUGACUUUAAGGGCGUAUUUGUUUUAAAAUUACAAAUUCUGGCAAUUUUGAACAUUUUUAAAUUACCACAAUUUUUGCCCCCUAUUGUGCAACCAUUUUUAAAUAAAUUGAGUGAAAAUUUAGUCAGUAGUAUAGAAAAAGUACCGGCCGCCAUCAGAAACCAUGAAGCUAUUGUUAAGGGGGAAGGCUUGUCAAAUGGUGGAUUGAGUGAAGAUACUGAGUUUUAUGAUCAAUUUGACGAUGAUUUUAAAGAAUCCUGUUUGGAUCAAAUAAAUGUUUUCCAAGAAGUACAUUCAUUUUUCAGUGCUAUUGCUAUGAAUGAUCAAGACAGAUAUGCUGCCAUUAUUGGUUCAUUAAACCAAGAAAAAUUGGACUCAUUGAAAGUUAUAUUGGAUUUUGUUGCGGGAAAAUAG